AUGGAGCUGCUAGUGCUCCUGCUCUUCCUCGCCCUCCCCGUCCUCCCGGCGCGCUGCGGCUCGGUGCCUCCGCUCCACCUCGAGCUGGCGCGCGUGGACGCCGCGGCGGCCGCCAACCUCACGGACCACGAGCUCAUCCGGCGCGCCGUGCAGCGCAGCCUCGACCGACCAGGGAUCGUGGCGCGCUCUGGCGGCGGCAGCGGAGGAGGGGCGGCAGCCGCGGCCGGGGCGCGCAAGUCCGUCGCGAGCGAGGCCCCGCUGGUGCCCGGCGGUGGCGACUACCUGGUCAAGCUCGGGAUCGGCACGCCGCAGCACUUCUUCUCGGCGGCCAUCGACACGGCCAGCGACCUCGUCUGGUUGCAGUGCCAGCCCUGCGUCAGCUGCUACCGCCAGGUUGACCCGCUGUUCAACCCCAAGCUCUCCUCCUCCUACGCCGUCGUGCCAUGCAGCAGCGACACCUGCGCCCAGCUGGACGGCCACAGAUGCGACGAGGACGACGACCAAGCGUGCCAGUACACCUACAAGUACAGCGGGAACGCGGUGACGAAGGGCACCCUGGCCAUAGACAAGCUGGCCGUCGGCGGCGACGUGUUCCACGCCGUCGUCCUCGGCUGCAGCGACUCCAGCGUCGGGGGCCCUCCCGCGCAGGCCUCGGGGCUGGUCGGCCUCGGCCGCGGGCCGCUCUCGCUGGUGUCCCAGCUCUCGGUCCGUCGGUUCAUGUACUGCCUGCCACCGCCCAUGUCCAGGACCCCGGGAAAGCUCGUGCUCGGCGCGCGCGCGGACGCCGUCCAGAACGUGUCGGACCGGGUGACCGUCACCAUGUCGUCCAGCACGCGGUACCCGUCCUACUACUACCUCAACUUCGACGGGCUGGCCGUGGGCGACCAGACCCCGGGCACGAUCAGGAGGGCAACGUCGCCGCCCACGGGCGGUGGUGGUGGAGGAGGCGGUGGCGGCAACGGCAGCGCAAACGCGUACGGGAUGAUCGUGGACGUCGCGUCGACGAUCUCGUUCCUGGAGGCGUCGCUGUACGAUGAGCUGGCGGACGACCUGGAGGAGGAGAUAAGGCUGCCCCGCGCCACGCCGUCGCUCCGGCUGGGACUGGACCUCUGCUUCAUCCUGCCGGAAGGCGUGGGGAUAGACCGGGUGUACGUGCCGACGGUGUCGAUGUCGUUCGACGGACGGUGGCUGGAGCUGGACAGGGACCGGCUGUUCGUGGAGGACGGCAGGAUGAUGUGCCUAAUGAUCGGCAGGACGAGCGGGGUGUCCAUCCUUGGGAACUUCCAGCAGCAGAACAUGCAUGUCCUCUACAACCUGCGCCGGGGCAAGAUCACCUUCGCCAAGGCCAGCUGCGACUCCUUGCCAUAG